AUUUCCUCCUCCGCCAGCCUCCCUUCAAUCGCCAUAUUGGGCCAGUGGGGGAAAGAGGCCCGGCUCGGAUUCCCCCCCUCCCCUCCUGCUCGUCUCCCUCCGCCUUGUUUUUCCCCUCGACCUUUUAAAAAAAAAAGAGAGCGAGCGAGAGAGAAGCGCUCCCGCCCCAGCCGAGCCCCCGCCAGCCUCCAGCGCCGCGCUCUGACAUCGGCCGCAGCUCGAUCGCUCGCCCGGCCCGGCCCGCGGCUCCCUGCGAACGGAGGGGCCACCGACCCCCGGCGCUGGGCACAGGGAACUCCUGCCCGCCGGUCCAUCUCUCAGCCCGCCCGUCCGGCGGUGGCUUGCAUGCGAGGCUCGGGCGGCGGCGGCGGCGCUCUCUGCCUGGGGCUCCCGGUCCAGCCGCGCUCGCCUCCCGCGCCGACCCGCGGGCUGGGGGCGGCUCCGGCCAUGUCGCGCGUCCGCCUGUCGAAUGGCAGCCCGACGCUGGAGCGGAUGGAAGCCCGUCGGGCCGACUCGCCCAAGCCCUCGGCUUGCCGCAGCCUCUUCGGCCCCGUGGACCGCGACGAGCUGGCCCGCGAGCUGCAGCGCCACCGCCUCGAGCUGGCCGAGGCCGGCCGCCGCACGUGGAACUUCGACUUCCAGCGCCACCGGCCCCUGGACGGCCGCUACGAGUGGCAGGCGGUGGCCCCCGACGCCCUGCCCGACUUCUACACCCGGCCCCCCCGGCUCCGCGCCGCCCGGCCCGGAUCGCCCCGACGCCCCGCCGAGGAGCCCCCCCGGACCGUGGAAGCGCCCCCCGAACCGGCGGCGGCCCCGGGCGCCGGGCCCAGGAAGCGACCCGCCGACCCCGACGAUUCUUCUCAUCAAAACAAAAGAGCCAACGCAACAGAAGUGAUUCCAGAAGACCCUCCCAGUGCCAGCUCAGUGGAACAAACACCCAAGAAAUCCAGCCCCAGACGGCAUCAAACGUAGACUGUUUAUUUGAAUUUACAGCAUUCGUUUCCUUGUUCUCUGGAGGCGCUGGGCUCACGGAGCAAGGAAGACGCAGAGUUUGUAAACAAAAGAAAACAUAUCAUUGAUUCUCCAUGGGAUGGAGGACUAGCAAGCACUGAAACAAAUCACACGUAACACUAAAGCCAGGCACUCAAAAGAUCUGCCUCUUAAAGCCUUGGAUGUAGCAUUCUGCAACUAGGAGUUUCCUCAUUUGCUUCAUUGUACUACCUGUGUAUAUAGUUUUUACUGUAUGUAGCACAUAAACCUCCCUCCCCUGUCUCUCUCUCCCACUGUUGGUUCUUGGAAAGAUCUGGGGAUGGGAAAAGGGUGAUGGGUUUCAGAUCUGCUUCCCAAAAUCCAGCAAGCGGAGAAUUGGUAGGGGGAGAAGCGUUCUGCAUUUUAAAAUAGUCUCUAAGGAUGUACUUCUCAAAGGAGCCCAGAGCCUUUUGAAACAAAAUAUCAGCGUGUUAACCUGGGCUGCAGCAGAAGGAUAGAACCUGCUGGCAACAUCUCUCCUUGUUCAGGGCAAAUUCCUGUGGGAAAUUCUCCUGCCCGCCCUCCCCCUCCACAAAAUGAAUGUGAGUGUGGAAGAGGACACUAAUUUCAAGAGGAGAACAUUGCAGGGGAUUGUGUCCUAAAUCUGUAUGCAGGAACUCUGGUUUCCAUUAUGUAGCAGAAUAAAAGAUUUUUUUUUCUGGGACCCUUUAAAUUUCCUCCUCUAAGAUGUGUUUGCUAUCUGUAAUACUUUAGAUAAUUUCAAAAUAAUAAUAAUAAUUUAAAAUUCAUGAUUGGGAAUGGAAAGGAGGGGCAAUCUACCCAACCCUGAACUUUGCCCCAUGAUCCUCGUGCUCAAUUCUUCGAUAUCCGCAGGUGGGUAAACGAAAAGGAAUACUACAUCUUUAAACAGUAUUUUUUAAAUUGCCUGUAUGUUUUGUUUUUUUUUAAAAAAAUUAAUUUUUGAAAUGUGCCUGUGUACAUAACUUUGUAAAGACACUGAGAAAAUUAUACUAACUUAUUUAUGUUAAAAAAAGAUUUUUUAAAAAAUCUAGAAUAAGAUAUUUUCCCAUAAAGCCAAAGUGGCACUGAGGUUUUUUUUUUUGGGGGGGGGUGCGCAUUUGUCAAUGCUCUAUUUGGUAGGGGUUUGUUUUAGUUUUUUUUGGGGGGGGAUUUGUUAAUUAAUAUGGCUGUCCUUAAAUGAUUGCAGACUGAGCCAAGUUUAAUAUUUUUUUUAUAAUGUAUAAAAACUGUUGCCAACUGAUACUGUUUUACAUCAAGCAAUCAAUAAAGAAAACUGCCAUACGUAAAUAUAAAUAUAUCUAUUAAAUGA